AAAAGAAAGAAAAAAAAACAAAAAAAAAGAAAAAAAAACCGAAAAAAAAAUUGACCGCGGGAGAGAGAAGGCUCAGUCUUUGGCUGCCAGAUCCAUUUAGGAGGUGGUAUUGGUGUAUGAGUGUGUGUGGUGGUAUUUUGUUUUUUCUUUCUUUCUUUUUUUUCUUUCUUCCUUUUUUCUCCAUCCCCCCCACCUCCUUUUUUCCCUUCUCUCCUAGGGGCUACACAAUGGCAGACUUCUCUCGCUAAGAUGAAUCCGGCUUGCCUUCUGCAGAUCCGCCCAUCCUCAGUUCCAUUGAGUAAAAGGCUAUGAUUUUCUCUUUGGGGAUCUUUUGUGCAUUACUAUUCUUCCUGAUUAGUUCUGGUCUCGGUUGGGAUUUCUUUGCUUUUUUUGGUUUGGCUUCAUGUGAAAAAGGAUUUUUUCUCUCCAACCCUUUGGUCAUGAUCCAGUGGUGAUCAAGAGGGGAUAAAUCAUUCACCCUGGCCGAGAAAAAACAAUCGCUGAGAAGUCUCAAAGAGAUAUACCACGUGAGGGGAAAAAACUGGGAGAAGAUCCGGAAUAUUAACGUUUUUCCUAUGGUAAAACCGGUGCCCCUCUUCAGGAGAACUGAUUUCAAGUUAUUAUUAUGCAACCACAAGGGCCUCUUCUUUCUCAGGGUGUCUAAGCUGCUGGGUUGCUUUUCGCCCAAAUCAAUGUGGUUUCUUUGGAACAUUUUCAGCAAAGGAACGCAUAUGCUGCAGUGUCUUUGUGGCAAGAGUCUUAAGAAAAACAAGAACCCAACUGAUCCCCAGCUCAAGGGCAUAGUGACCAGGUUAUAUUGCAGGCAAGGCUACUACUUGCAAAUGCACCCCGAUGGAGCUCUCGAUGGAACCAAGGAUGACAGCACCAAUUCCACACUGUUCAACCUCAUUCCAGUGGGACUGCGUGUCGUUGCCAUCCAGGGAGUGAAGACAGGGUUGUACAUAGCCAUGAAUGGAGAAGGUUACCUCUACCCAUCAGAACUUUUUACCCCCGAAUGCAAGUUUAAAGAGUCUGUUUUUGAAAACUAUUAUGUAAUCUACUCAUCCAUGCUGUACAGGCAACAGGAAUCUGGCAGAGCCUGGUUUUUGGGAUUAAAUAAGGAAGGGCAAGUUAUGAAAGGGAACAGAGUAAAGAAAACUAAACCAGCAGCUCAUUUCCUACCCAAGCCAUUGGAAGUUGCCAUGUACCGAGAACCAUCUUUGCAUGACGUUGGUGAAACGGUUCCGAAAGCUGGGGUGACACCAAGCAAAAGUACAAGUGCAUCUGCAAUAAUGAAUGGAGGAAAACCAGUCAACAAGUGCAAGACCACAUAGCCAGAUCCUCAGGUGUCCUGACUUACUUGUCCAGAGCACAGUGGAGUGAUUUAUCCUUACUAGACAUUCAUGCUCCCGUGGCUGAAGAGCCCCAGCAAGCAAGCUCAUGCUUGUUCUAUGCUGUCUCAGACCUCCUUCGUUGCAAGUGGAUAAAUCUCAACCUGUGGACCCCCCACACCAAGAAGACACCUGGACAAACCAGCUAAACUCAGACCAUGGAAUGCCCUACCAGAUAUGGAAUGCCUUUUUAAUAUCUUUUCUGUGACUGUGACACUUCAUGUGAAUGACAUACUUCACAAGUACAUUCAAUACCUUGCCUGCUGACAGCUAUUCAUAAUCCUUUUUGAGUCCUGUUUCAGCGAAAUCCAUGUGUUUAAGUUCAAUUUUGUAGCACACAAAUAAUAUUGAGUAAUUUCUAGUUAGACGCUGUAAACCUGUGCUAUCAUGGAUUUCUCUUUUUCCCAUUUUUGCAGGGCUGCUUGCUCCACUGUCUGUGACAUUUAGCAGGAUUGUGUUCCUCUGAAUCUUCAGUGUUGUAGUUGGUUUAGUUCGGAGAACAAUCAGGGAAUCAGGAAGCCUUCUAAACCUAUUACUACAAAUCGUAUCUACAAAGAUUAAGGUUGUCUUUGGCUCAUAUUACCAAUCAAACACACAUAUAUGCUCUGUCCAGUAGGAGACACUGGACUCCCGAGGUGGUCAUGGCCUGGGUGGACCAAGGGUCAAACACAAUCCAUGGGAAGCUCUCUAUGAUAGGUGUUUGGCAUCCCCUCUAAGUUUAUUCGUGUGUGU